UCCAUGUGUGCUCUUCUUCUUCUUCCUCGUUUCUCAGUCGAUCUUCCGUUGGCUUUUCACAGUUGUAGCUAGGAAGCUUUUGCAUCCUUGGAUUCCAAAACUCAACAAUGUACGAAAUUGACAGAGAGCAAUAACGCUAAUGUUUUAGGGACAAUUUUGUCAUUUCCUUGAAUAAAAAGAGAGCGUCAAACAAAUUCACCACUGUAGUGUCAAGUCAGUGCAGCUUCUUACUCAAUUCCAAUCUCCGGCUUGAUUUCCAACUCUCCAAUUUCUUCAUGGCUUCUGCUGAGUCUUUUCCUCCUUCAUCUUUACAAGCAGACAACCUCAUUCAUGUAUUCUGGGACGAGGGCAUACUGAAACAUGAUACAGGAACUGGUGUUUUUGACACAGGAAUGGAUCCCGGUUUUCUUGAUGUUUUGGAAAAGCACCCAGAAAAUGCAGACAGGGUAAAGAACAUGUUGUCCAUUCUCAAAAGGGGUCCUAUUUCACCUUUCAUUUCUUGGCACCAUGGCCGCCCUGCUCUUAUCUCUGAAUUGUUAUCUUUCCACACCCAAGAAUAUGUAAAUGAACUAAUUGAAGCUGAUAGAAAUGGUUGGAAAGAAAUAUGUGGAGGGACAUUCUUAAAUCCUGGGUCAUGGGAUGCCGCACUUGUUGCUGCUGGUACUGCGUUAUCAGCUAUGAAGCAUAUAAGUGAUGGACACGGGAAAAUUGCUUAUGCAUUGGUCAGACCACCUGGUCAUCAUGCACAACCUACUCAAGCUGACGGAUAUUGCUUCCUUAACAAUGCGGGUCUAGCUGUACAACUGGCUCUAGAUAGUGGUUGUAGAAAAGUUGCUGUCCUUGACAUUGAUGUUCAUUACGGGAAUGGAACAGCAGAAGGAUUUUAUCGUUCUGAUAAAGUUCUUACGAUCUCACUGCAUAUGAAUCAUGGUUCUUGGGGCCCCUCUCAUCCACAGAGUGGAACUGUAGAUGAGCUUGGUGAGGGUGAAGGUUUUGGGUAUAACCUGAAUAUACCUUUGCCAAAUGGAACUGGAGACAAAGGGUAUGGUUAUGCCGUGCAACAUUUAGUUGUUCCUGCUAUAGAGAAAUUUGAGCCUGAUAUGUUGGUUUUGGUUGUUGGGCAGGACUCAAGUGCUGAAAGUUGGAAACUCCUCAUCGGAGCACUCAGAAGAGUUAUUUAUCAAGAAAAGAGUAGUCAGAGUUUGUACUAUGAGGGAAAUCCCAUAACAUGCAAUGCAGUUUGAUCCAAAUGGAAGGCAAUGCUUGACGAUGGAGGGUUACAGAGAUAUUGGGCGGACAAUUCGUGGCAUGGCUGAUAAGUAUAGCAAUGGACAGCUCCUGAUCGUCCAAGAAGGUGGAUACCAUGUUACAUAUGCAGCCUAUUGUCUGCACGCGACUCUUGAAGGUGUGCUGAACGUUUCAGAACCUGUAUUAUCUGAUCCUAUAGCUUAUUAUCCUGAAGAUGAAUCAUUUCCAACAAAGGUAAUUGAAGCUAUCAAAAAGUAUCAAAAGGAGACUGUACCAUUCCUUAAAGAUGCUUAGUUGGGAUCUCGUUCGGUUUGCUUAUGAGCUCAAGCACUAUAUGUGUCCCAACAGCUUGUCUCAUGUCACUGGAUUUAGAACUCGGUAAAUACUAUCAACUUCUGGUGUGACAGCAACAUUACAUUUUUCCUGAAGUGUUACAUAAAAGAUUAUCCCAAUAAGUCAUCUACAUAUCAGCUAAAUAGCGCGUUCAAACCAAUUACCAGUUGAUGAUUCUUACUCAUUUUCUCCUUUGAAAAGGCCUCCAUAUUCACCAUAUCAGUUGUUGGUUCUAUUCUAAUAUCACUCUCAUUCUGUAAUUUUAUUUAAAAAAAUUAAUAUUUCAAACCUCUGUUUUUGAAGCUUA